AUGAGUUCUGGUCCAUCUACUCCAACCUCUCAGACUUCAACUCGUCUUAAAUAUAAUCUUGCAACGGAGUUAGUUUUCAUAGACAAUUCAGAUGGUUCUGGAGUAAAAGAUCCUUAUAAUGCUGCUUCCGUACCAAUUUACCAGUCAGCAACGUUCAAACAAUCUUCAGUAACCCAAAUGGGAGAGUUUGAUUAUAGUCGAAGUGGAAACCCAACUCGUUCACAUUUAGAAAAUCAUCUUGCAAAAAUUAUGUCUGCCAAUCGAGCUUUUGUGGUUAGUAGUGGAAUGAGUGCAUUAGAUGUGAUCACUCGUCUGGUUAAAGCAGGCGAGGAAAUCAUUGCAGGGGAUGAUUUAUACGGAGGUACCAAUCGACUUUUAUCAUUUCUUGGUAAAAGUUGUGAUAUUAAAACAUAUCAUGUAGACACAACUUCUGCGGAUGCACUUAUGCCUUAUUUGCAUCCAACCAAAACUAGACUCAUUUUAUUGGAAUCACCAACGAAUCCAUUACUUAAAAUAUCGGAUAUUCCUAACGUUGCAUCUAUCGUACAUGAAAGAUGUCCUAAUGCAUUAGUAGUAGUUGACAAUACAAUGAUGUCUCCUUAUCUCCAAAGACCUUUGGAGUUUGGAGCUGAUAUUGUGAUACACUCUGGGACAAAAUAUCUCAGUGGACAUCACGAUUUGAUGGCUGGUGUCAUUGGAGCUAAAGAUGAAGUUGUUGCAGAGAAAAUCUAUUUCACUAUUAACGCAACUGGAUGUGGUCUCGCUCCAUUUGAUUCUUGGCUUCUGCUUCGUGGUAUAAAAACACUUGGAGUUCGUAUGGAAAAGCAACAAGCCAAUGCCAUGCAAAUAGCUGAAUUCCUUGAGUAUCACGGUUUUAAGGUCAUGUAUCCAGGAUUAAGAUCUCACCCACAAUAUGGUUUACAUUAUACUAUGUCUCGUGGUCCCGGUGCUGUGCUAAGUUUUGUGACAGGAGAUGUAGAAGUUAGUGAACGAAUUGUUGAGUCAACGAAAAUAUGGGCGAUUAGUGUCAGUUUUGGUUGUGUCAAUUCUUUGAUAAGUAUGCCUUGCAGAAUGUCUCAUGCUAGUAUUCCCGCCGCAGUACGACAGGAAAGAGGAUUUCCAGAAGAUUUAAUACGUCUUUGUGUUGGUAUUGAAGAUGUUAAUGAUUUGAUUGAAGAUUUAUACUCGGCAUUAGUAAUAGCCAAUGCCGUUAAAGUUGGUCAGAAAAAUGAUUUAAAAGACUUACAGCCUGGCUUUUACCUUAAAGAUUUAUUGAUAAUAUAUUCUCACACUUGCAAUGUUUUAUAUUACAGAAAAAAUUAUACAAAAGGGUACUCAGAUAUUCAGGCAAAGGUCCGAAAUGCUACUUCUAAUGACCCGUGGGGUCCGAGUGGUACUUUAAUGGAUGAGAUUGCUCGAGCAACGUACAAUUCUGAAUAUUUAGAAAUUAUGGAAAUGAUUGAUAAAAGAUUAAAUGAUCAUGGUAAAAAUUGGAGGCAUGUUUUUAAAGCACUCACAUUAUUGGAUUACUGUCUACAUGGAGGGUCAGAAAAUGUUGUAAAGUAUGCAAAAACAAAUUUAUAUGUAGUAAAGACUUUAACAGAAUUUCAGUAUAUUGAUGAGGAUGGCAAAGAUCAAGGUUUAAAUGUAAGACAAAAGGCCAAAGAAAUUACUAAUCUUCUCCAAGAUGAAGAUCGACUAAAACAAGAAAGACGAAACAGAGAUGACAUGAGACGACGUAUGGGAGAUCGUACUGAUCGUUCUGUGGUUGAUCCAAGUUUAGAAAGAUCAGUCGAGCAACCUGGUUAUCUAGAUGAUGAGUCAGAGAUGCAAAAAGCAAUUGAAGAAAGUAAAAGAUCAGCACAAGAAUAUGAAGCAAGAGUAAAAGAAAGUGAAAAAGAUGAAGUGGAAAAGGCAUUAAAAUUAAGUAAGGAGGAAGAGGAACAACGGUUAGCUAGAUUAGCUGAACAAAAUGAAAAACCUUUAAUAGACACAUCAGGAUAUGGAAAUAGUCCAUUUCCACAAUCGCAGCCUGAUUUUUUCAGCCAGCAAAUGCAUAAUCAAUUCAAUCAAAAUCAAUACAGUAGCACAUCUAAUAGCCAAUAUCCUUUCGAUACGAUUGAUAACUCACAAAACUCGAUUAAUUAUAAUCAACAAUUUUUAAAUAAUAAUCCAUAUCAGAUGCAACAAUCUCAAAUCUCCAAUCCUUAUCAGCAAAUGCCAACACCUGUUGGUUCAAAUAAUCCGUUUGGAAAUUUUUCGCAACAAUCGCAUCAAUCACAACAAUUGCAACAACAGUCAACUGGUUUUGGAGCCACUAGUCUAUAUGGAACAAAUGAAUUGCCAUCUUUUAAUAUGCCCUCAUCUAAUUUCAGUUCUCCUAACUUAGCAAGUACAUCAACAUUCGAAUCGUUCUCAUCACACAGCACGCAGCCCAAUUUCGAUAGCUUACUUCAAUCACAAAAUAUAAUAAAACCACAAGAUGAGAAACACGCAAAAUUGGCUUCACUCAUUGGUAGUGGAGGUGGUUCUGGUUUUGUUAAUACCUUGAAUCCAAAGAGUUCUUUAUCCGUUGAUAAUCCAUCACCAAGACGAUCAAAUUCAACUGGUGAUAUUGGUGUCACUCAGGCCAAUCCAUUCCUUAAUUCUGGAGGUCCUAAUUUUAGUAGCAGUGGAUAUAACACACUUCCACAAACUUCAGGUUUUAGUCAACCCGAUAGUAUCUCAAAUCUUGAUAUAUUCUUUAGUAGUAACAACAAUAACACAUUCAAUCAAAGAUCGAAUCAGUCAAUAACACCGUUUUCAAACACAUCUUAUACAAGUAAUACUAGUAAUAGUCUUAUUGAUCUUGGUGAUGCGGGAACAAGUAGUUAUAAUAGUCCUCCUAGUAAGAAUCCUUUUCAGACACAAACGUUAAAUAGUACCAACACAUCUAAGCCCACUUCACUCAAUGAUUUAGCGAGAACACAAAUACAAAACCAACAAACAUCUCCCUUUCAACAUCAGAAUAAUCCCGGAGGAUAUGGUUGGUAA